GGAAGUGUUACUUGAACCACUACUAGCAUCUGCUGUUGAGCAAAUUCAAAUCCACACUAACUCGCUUGAAUAAGGCGGCGUUUAAAGUGUUUUAUGGCAGUGACUGUGCCGGUUGUACAGCAUGAAAGUAUAAUGGUUUUGUUUCGUAGAAAAGGGUAGAUACGUUAUUCUUGUUACGUUUUACAAAGAUUUCCAGCGAGUAAGAGGAAGUCUAAAAUGAGCUCUCAGGAUGUGCUGAAGAAUGCGUCCACAUUAGCUUCAUACAAUGUGUUGCUACAGGUGAUGUUUCGUGUCCUCACAUUCCUUCUGAAUGCAUUCACUCUGCGUUUUGUGUCCAAAGAACUGAUUGGAGUUGUAAACGUCAGGCUUACACUACUAUACUCCACAUUAGUAUUUCUGUCGAGAGAAGCCUUCCGGAGAGCCUGCCUGAGUGGAGUGUCCGGGACAAACCACAGCUGGAGACAAGUUAUCAACCUGCUCUGGCUGACAUUUCCUCUGGGUGUGUUAUGGGCAGCCCUGCUGGCGUGUGUGUGGUUGUGGCUCCUCGAGGUCCCAGACCCACAAGCUAUUCCUUACUAUGGCCCUGCUGUGUUGCUGUUUGCCUUGUCAGGGGUGCAGGAACUCCUGGCUGAGCCCCUCUGGGUCCUGGCUCAAGCUCAUAUGUUCGUUCGGCUUAAAGUGGUUGCUGAGAGCUUAGCCAUGAUUGCCAAGUGCAGUGUAACUGUGGUGCUGGUGGUGUUUGCUCGUCAAUGGGGCCUUUACAUCUUCUCUGCUGCUCAUCUGGUGUACACAGGAUUCCUGGUGCUGUGCUAUGCUGCUUACUUCAUUCGUUUCUUGGGAUCUAAAGAGGCAGCCAAGAAAAAUUUUCCUCUGAACCAUAUUAAAGAUCUGUUUCCCUGUAGAGCUGAUGGGGAGCUGCUUAUCGAUUGGACUCUGGCCCGGCUUACAUGGAGUUUCUUCAAGCAGUCUUUCCUGAAGCAGAUCCUCACAGAGGGAGAGCGUUAUGUAAUGACCUUCCUGAAUGUCCUCAGCUUUGGAGACCAGGGAGUUUAUGACAUUGUGAAUAAUCUAGGCUCAAUGGUGGCUCGCUUCAUCUUCCUGCCUAUCGAGGAAAGCUUCUACAUCUUCUUUGCCAAGGUCCUGGAGCGAGGACGUGAUGUCAGGAGCCAGAAACAGGAGGAGGUUUCCAUUGCAGCAGAGGUCCUGGAGUGUCUGCUGAAACUGGUGCUGGUGGUUGGUCUGAUUAUUACUGUGUUUGGCUACGCCUACUCUCACUUGGCUUUGGAUAUUUAUGGCGGCUCUCUGCUGAGUAGUGGGGCAGGGCCAACCUUGCUGCGAUGCUACAGCUGCUAUGUUCUCCUGCUCGCUGUAAACGGUGUCACAGAGUGUUUUGUGUUCGCUGCCAUGAGCCAAGAAGAGGUUGACAAGUAUAACCUUGUGAUGCUGGCUCUCUCAGUGUCCUUCCUCUUCCUCUCUUACAUACUGACAUGGUGGGCUGGCGCCGUAGGCUUCAUAAUGGCAAACUGCCUGAACAUGGGCCUCCGCAUCAUGCACAGUGUUCUUUACAUUCACCACUACUUCAAAGAGAGUCAGUGGAAACCGCUGCGUGGCCUCUUACCCUCCCCACUCCUCCUGCUGGCACUCGCUGUCAGCACCGUGGUCACAGCGCUGUCAGAGGGUUUAUUCUGCUGUGACGGUGGCUGGUUGCUGAGGCUGGUCCACAUCAGUGUAGGAGCAGCGUGUCUACUCAUAGUGUUCAUCACUGUUCUUCUUACUGAAAAUAGUCUAGUUCAGUUUGUGAGGACUCAGCUCUUACCAAGAUACAGAAAGAAACACACUUGACCUGGACUUGGAGUGUUUCCUGGACUGAAAAAGCUUCUGUUUCAGAACAAACAGUAGCUGCUAAUCAACAGUUACUGACUCUACCAAAGCAACGAGGGAACAAGUGUGAACAAUUAUCAUUACAGUUUGGGACUCUAUUUAAGGAUGUUAACAAUGGUUGUGUUUCAGUAAAUCAGUCAUACUCAUUACAGGGAUAAUUGUCCUACAAUAAAACAAGGUUUCUUUUA